AUGAAUUCUGGCUGCAAACUAACAGGUUACACAGGGCGUACCUGCAGCAGAGAGUGGAUCGACGGACCUAUAGGUAUAGAGAACGACGCUGGCAUUGUUUCCAAAGCCAUAGCAGCAGCAGCAACAGCAGCAGCAGCAGCAGAAGUGAUCGGAGGAGGAGAAGAAGAAAUAGAAGAAGAAGAAAUAGAAGAAGAAAUAGGAAUUAAGGCUGAAUUUGGUGAUAAAGAUGGCCGAUUUAUUAAUUUUGGCAAAGUUCUGAUUGGCAGGCCGAUCGAUGCCGAUCAGAAUAUCCAAAUUGUAUCUGAAUUGCUUAGUAUUUUUAAUCCAAAUUGUUUAAAAAAAUAUAUUCAUAAAUUUACUGAAUUUAUUCUGAAUUAUGGUAAAUUUGUGGCAAAAUUUUCUGAAUUGCAGUAA